ACGGAUCAACACCAUUGAGGUGACACGCCCCGUGGAUGGCAACGCCGAGGCGGAGCAGGAGCCCUCGAAGCGUUUGUUUUAGUCUAAAUGCAGUUUAUUACGGAAAUUAUAUCCAUUUAUUAUGCUAAGUCAAUGGACACCCGUGAGGAAUACAUUGUUGAACGCAUAAUAGAUAGACGAACGGUCAAUGGCAAGAGGGAGUACUACUUGAAAUGGGAGGGCUAUGACGAUGAGGACAACACUUGGGAGCCUGUAGAGAACUUACAGCAUUGCCUCGAACUGCUGGCUGAAUGUGAUGCUAGCCUGGAGCGCAGGAUGAGGGCAAUGAACAUGUAUCUGAAACCCAAGAAAGAGAAACAUGAGAAAUACCGAGAGAAUAAUUAG